AUGGAAACUGCCUUUGAUAUCAAAACGCCUCUGCCCUCUCACCUAUCCUUUGAGGAAGCUGCAGCUUUCAGCGGCCCGUAUGUAUACGCUUGGAACGCGCUUUUCGGAGGCCCUCAACAACUGAAAAGGAGAGACACUGUGGUGGUUCAGGGUACUGGUGGUGUGAGUGUUGCUGGGAUACAGAUCGCCGUCGCUGCUGGGGCUGAUGUCAUCGCCUUCUCAACCUCAGAGGAGAAACUCGAACUUCUUCGGAAACUUGGUGCUAAGCAUGCCAUCAAUUACAAGAACAAUCCCAACUGA